UUUUUUUUACCUCAAGAUCCUUAGUAUCUAAAGGUACCAAAAUUUACGCUAGAAAAUGUGGUAUUUUCUGAUACCAUCUAAAGGACGGUAAAAUUACCUUAUUCUAAACCUCCACUGUUUCCCAUUAAUUCACAAAAAUGAAAAAGAAAAAAAAAAGCAGUCUCCCUCUACAAAUUUAAGAGCAAAGCCCUCCAUUCAGUUCAUCCAUGCAUUCUUGGCCAGUUGGCCUGGUUAGUUCCUGCAACAAACAAACUCUCAGCUACCACACCACCAUUGCAUAUUUGCAUUUCACCAAUGGAGAGGUCAGCCUCCUACACCGAGAAGAGCAGGAGCGCCGCCACGGUGGCCGGCGCCGGCGCCGGCGACUUGAGGUGCCACAGCGCCUACUACGUCACCUCGACGUACUCUGCUCCUCCUCCUCCUCCUCUCUGGUACGACGAUGCCGGCAGCGGCAAGGCGAGCAAGAUCAAGAAGAAGAAGGCGGCGGCCACCUGGCCAUCGUCGUCGGCGUCGGCGUCGACGUCGGCGUCGAAGGGGAGGGUGUGGGGCGGGCUCGGCGACGCGGCGGAGAUGCAGCGGCGGCGGAGGGUGGCCGGCUACCGGGUGUACGGCGUGGAGGGGAAGGUGAAGGUGUCGCUCCAGAGCAGCAUGCGGUGGAUCAAGGGCAAGUGCACCCGCGUGGUGGACGGCUGGUGGUAAUAAGCUCAUGCUGCUGCCUGCUGCUGCUGCUGAUGAUGAUGAUGAUGAAUUGGUGGUGAUCACUGAUCACUACUCAUCAGAUUAUUAUUCAGAUAUCACUUAUCAUCAGAGUUGUCAAGAGAUUAAAAUAAGUUUAUGAAGAAAAAGAUUCAGAUAAGUGUUUGUGUUUUCUUCUCCUGAUCUCCUCCAUAUGCAGCUCGGCUGCAGUAAUCUGUUGUAAGGUAGGAUGGCAAUGUGAGUGUGAUCAUGCUACAAUAAGUGUUUUUCUCACGGUGUAAUUAGUCUCCAAAUGCUGUACGUUCAGUUCUGUUGCAAGUUCAUUGUAUGCCGCCUACCUGGUCUGAAAGUGAGAGGGUACAGAAAUGUGAGCAAAUUAUCAGUACGUAGUAAAUUAAGCCUCUGGAUUUGAAUAUGAUGUUUCUUUAGCAUCUUUCUCCAGGAUUUUAAGAUGCUCCCUCCUUGCGUUUAACGAACUGGUUGCCUUGUUUUCGUCCCAACCUUGAGUCCAUGAAAAUCCAAGUCAUGUUUUCUUCUUUUUUA